AUGUCUAAAGAUAAAUAAGAUUAAGAUUUAUAAAACUUAACUCUAGCCGAACUAUAAAAGAUAAAAGAUGAAAAAAGGUUUGAUAAACUUUUAAAUGAUGAAUAACAAAAAAGGGAAGAGUUAUAAAUGAAGAAUGAGAGAAAUAUUAUAUAAAAUGAAGAAUCUAAUUAAACUAUUAAAUUAUCAUCAGAUGAUCCUUCUGAACUAUAUGAGAAAUUAAAAGAGAAAUGGGGACUUUAAGAGAAAUAGACUUUAAAAGAUGAUAGUAAAUUUUAACGAUUAUAAAAUUUUAGUUAGUUCUAAUUAGACAAAAAGCAAAUUAGAGAUUUUAUUAGAAGAAAGAAGAAAUAGAAAACCACCUAAACUCUAAUAAAUUUAAAAUGAUUACAUAUAAAAAAUAUAAGAUGAAACAGUGGUCGAUUCUGUAUAUAGCAAAGAAGGACCUAUGCCAAAAACUAUUUAAUAAAUGUUGACAGAAUAUUAAGGAAUUAAAGGAGCUGUUAAUAUUGGUUAAGAAUGGACAGAUAUUAUAUAAUAAGGUGUGAAAACCAAUUUAAAAAAUUAAGAAUAAGCUGCAAAUAGUAAUAAUUUAGAAUAUAAAGUUUAGACUACUUUUGGUUGAUGGCCAAAAAAGGUCGUUUAGGAGUAGAUGGUUUUGCUAUUGCUUUUGGGAUCUUUGGCAUAAUAUUAUUACCAAUAUAUUUUUAUUAGAGAUAGAAUAGAAGAAGAGGAGCUUAUAAAUAAGAAAUUAAAAUUGUAUCUGGAGUUAAAGAUUGGGAAAAUUCAACUUUGGAUAUUGAUGAUGUUUCAGUUUAAUAAACUUAUUAUACAUUAUUUUCAGAAGAAAUACAAGAACUUAUGAAAAAGAAAAUGCAAGUUUAACAACAAAUAAGCAAACUUUUAGGAAGAGAAAAAUGA